GCCAGAUACCAGAUAUAAAGACCGGUCAGAUCAGCCAGAUACCAGAGGAUAAGCAGACACAGACUCCGUCAGUCCCAUUCACACCGCUGCGCUGAUCUCCAGGAUGGUGUCCCGAAAGGCUGUGGCUGCUCUGCUUGUGGUGCACGUGGCUGCCAUGCUGGCCUCCCAGACAGAAGCCUUCGUUCCCAUCUUCACCCACAGCGAGCUUCAGAAGAUCCGGGAAAAGGAGCGCAACAAAGGUCAAAAGAAGUCCCUGGUUUUACAAAAGAGGUCUGAGGAAGUGGGGCCUCUGGACCUUGUGGAGCCCACAGAAGAAGAAGAAAACCAGGUUAUCAAGCUGACUGCUCCCGUGGAAAUUGGAAUGAAGAUGAACUCCAGGCAGCUGGAAAAGUACUGGGCUGCCCUGGAAGAGUUGCUGGGUGAGGCGCUGCUGUCCACCCAGAACGCAGACAAGUGACAGCCCGCUCUGGGAAGAAGAUGGAGCCCUCCUCCCACCCAAAGGAGGCCCCAAAAUCUGCAUGCCCAAGAGCGGGGCUCCGAAGGAAAAUACUCUCUCCCAGGCAAGCCCCCCAUCUGGCAAAUAAAGCAGGAAAUACACAGAAA